AUGAUGUGCCUAUUGAGCACCGUCCUGCUGAGUCUCUCCGGCCUCAGCUCCGCAAUACUAGCGGCAGAUGCUUUCGCGCCCAUGGCCUCUCCUCGCAGCCCAGCAGACUCAGGAAAGACAUGCACGCUCAUUCCAAAUGGAGAUAACAAGGACGACGUCCCCCAGAUUUUGGAGGCUUUUGAAGCUUGCAACAAUGGCGGGACAGUGGUCUUCCCCGAAAACGCGACUUUUCACAUUGCAACCAAAUUGAACCCUGUAAUCUACGACGUCACCAUUGACUGGAGAGGAACGUGGUUGUUCUCGGACGACCUGGACUACUGGCGCUCAAAUUCAUACCCAAUAGCCUUCCAGAACCACGCGGCAGGGUUUAUCAUUUCUGGGGAGAGAAUACAUAUCAAUGGCUACGGAACAGGCAAGAUCAACGGCAGUGGAAACACGUGGUACACUGCCGAGGCGGGUCAAACACAGCCUGGAAGACCAAUGCCUUUCGUUUUCUGGAAUGUCUCUGACGUUCUCGUUGAGCACUAUGGAUUCGAUACUAUGGACGCCUACAACAUCAGACUUACAAACUUUGUCUAUCAAGGCGGAGACGACGCUAUUGCGAUUAAACCGCGGUCAUACAAUAUUUUCAUCCAGAAUAUAACUGUACACGGAGGCAAUGGUGUCGCAAUCGGAAGCCUUGGCCAGUAUCUCGAAGAUAGUUCAGUGGUGAACGUUGUCGUAAAGGAUGCUAGCAUACUGACCUACAAUGACGACAUGCACAAUUCCGCUUACAUCAAGACGUGGGUUGGGGAGCUGGUCCCACAAGAUUCAUACGAGAGCGACUACUUGCCAAGAGGCGGAGGGUGGGGAGUUGUACAGAACAUUCUCUUCGAGAACUUCUACGUCGAGGGUGCAGCCGCUGGCCCUUCGAUCAGCGAGAACUCCGGCAACAAUGGUUCGUAA